UCAUCUUACCACCUGAACCCGCUGUUUUAAUCCCAUCUUCCAUUUAAUUCCACUCAAACCCUAUAGAGAGAGAAACCAGUUUUUAGCAAAGGGAAAGUGCAAAAUUUUAUAAAAACACGACACACAUUUUCGUCAAAUCUAUAGAAAGAAAGUGUUCUCGAAUCUCAAGUAGUCAAGUUCAUCAUCAUCUUCUUCAGGUAAUCUGUAAUCUUGUAAAUUUCUCCCACUUAGGCGCCAUGGAUUCUCAGAUCUAUGGUGCAUUAAACCUCAUCGUCUUCUUUCUCGCCAUUAAUGUAAAUGCAUUGACGGCACAAAACCCCAAAUCUAGUUCUACCCAGAUUAAUUCCAACUCGGUUCUGGUAGCACUUCUCGAUUCACACUACACAGAGCUAUCGGAGCUCGUUGAGAAAGCACUUCUUCUACAGACGCUGGAGCAAGCGGUUUCGCAUCACAACAUCACCAUUUUCGCACCCAAUAAUGAAGCUCUUGAGAGACAAAUGGAUCCUGAGUUCAAACGCUUCUUGCUUGAGCCCCGGAAUCUCAAGUCUCUACAGAAUCUAUUGCUUUACCAUAUAAUUCCGUCUCGGGUUGGGGCAAAGGAAUGGCCUGAACAAGAAGUUGUUCACCAUCAGACGCUUUGUGUUGACGAAUCCGACAACCGCUUGCCGUUGACACGAGGGAAUUCCGGCGAGAAAAUGGUCGGUGGUCUAGCUAGAGUUGUUCGUCCCGAUGACGUCAUCCGAGCCGACGGGUUGAUCCAUGGGAUUGAGCGGUUGUUGGUUCCUCGAUCGGUGCAAGAAGAUUUUAAUCGGCGGAGGAGUUUGAGUUCUAUUUCUGCUGUUUUACCGGAAGGAGCUCCUGUUGUGGAUCCGAGAACCCACCGUUUAAAGAAAUCAGCUACUCCAGCUCCUGCCGGUGCCCCACCGGCACUUCCGGUAUACGACGCAUUGGCCCCGGGCCCUUCUCUAGCCCCAGCUCCAGCCCCAGGUCCCGGUGGUCCCCGCCACCACUUCGACGGCGAGAGCCAGGUGAAAGAUUUCAUCCAAACGCUACUCCAUUACGGUGGCUACAACGAAUUAGCAGACAUACUGGUAAAUCUAACGUCGUUAGCGACGGAGAUGGGGAAAUUAGUGUCUGAGGGUUAUGUUUUAACUGUGUUGGCACCCAACGAUGAAGCCAUGGCUAAACUUACCACCGACCAACUCAGUGACCCGGGUGCACCGGAGCAGAUAAUGUACUAUCAUAUAAUACCGGAGUAUCAGACCGAAGAAAGUAUGUACAACUCAGUACGGCGGUUCGGAAAGGUCCGAUAUGAUACACUCCGGCUACCACAUAAGGUGGUGGCGGAGGAGGCUGAUGGGUCAGUGAAGUUCGGUCAAGGCGAGGAGUCUGCGUAUUUGUUCGACCCGGAUAUUUACACCGACGGGAGGAUAUCAGUGCAGGGUAUUGAUGGAGUUCUAUUUCCGGUGGAGGAAACGACGGAGACUCCGUCUAGCAAGGUGGCACCGACGACGGCGCCGAAGGUUGUCUCAAAGCAAAGGAGAGGGAAAUUAAUGGAAGUGGCAUGUACAUUAGCUGGAGCACUUGGACAGAGUUGUUAAUUUGUUUUUUUAUAUUCAAAGAAAAUUACAAAAAAAUGAAAAGAAAUCAAAUACAGCGUUGCAGAGAAAGUUAUAUUAGGAAAGAUUCUGUCCAAAUACUAUAGAUAAAAGGGAAGUGGACGGUGCAGAUUACAUUUCCCUAGACGAUGAACAAAGUUUGCCUUUUUUUUGAAGAAUUAUUUUAUUUUAUUACUAUAAAACUGUAAUUACUAUAAAUGAUUUUUUGAUGUAUUUAUUUUGUUUUUCGAUAAAUAUACAAAUGUGUCUUUUUAA